GAACGUUUUCUAGUGGUAGACGACAUGAACUCUCUAAAACAAAAGCAACAGGUGGCAUUCCACAUUUGCCACGAACUGGCCCAUCAGUGGUUCGGAAACCUCGUAACCAUGGAGUGGUGGAACCAGGUCUGGCUCAACGAAGGGUUCGCUGAGUUCUUCCAGUAUUUCCUCCUAGAUAUGCUGGAGCCCUCGUGGAGACUGAUGGACAUCUUCGUGGUGAAUGAGGUGCAGAGUAUGCUGACGCAUGACGCGUUUCUCUUCACGCAUCCGGUCACGCUGAACAAAGUGCGCUCUGUUAUUGACAUCGAGAAGGUCUUCGACAGCGUGUCUUACUUGAAAGGAGGAGCACUAGUAAGAAUGCUCUACCACAUCAUGACACCUGACCUAUUCCAGAAAGCUAUCAGGGACUACCUUCAACAAAAUAGCCUGAAAUCAGUAACAGAAGACGACCUGUGGGACAGUUUGGGAUCGGUUCAAAAUGAGCUGGAACUAGAUCUUCCGACUGACAUAGCUGAGAUCAUGUACUUCUGGACCCACGAGGCUGGCUUCCCCCUGCUCAUGGUGGAACGUGAUGAGGAUGGAUCUAUCAAUCUGACUCAGAAACGUUUCCUGAUGACCAACUCAUCGGGCGAGCAAUCGGCUAAAUCACCCCGCUGGUGGAUUCCCCUCUCCUACACGACCAGCACCGAACUGGAUUUCAACGACACGAGACCACGUGAAUGGUUCAACGUGUCCAACCUUCCAUCAGGUCGAGAUCAACCUCGAUGAUGAUGAGUGGAUAAUGUUCAAUAUUCAACUUGCAGGUUUCUACCGUGUGAGCUACGACCCCCACACCUGGAACCUCCUCAUCGACGACAUGAUCAGCUGUGAGUUCGCAGACAUCCACCCUCUCAACAGAGCUCAGCUGUUGGAUGAUGCGUUCACACUGGCCAGUGCAGGGUACCUCAACUAUACUACUGCACUCAACCUCAGCCAAUACCUGGCGCAUGAAACCGACAUCAUACCUUGGACCACUGCCUUCGAUAUUUUCAAAACUCUGGAAGCCAAGUUGAUUGGCACACCUGCUAGGCCCUUGUUUAGGCGCUACAUCCAGAUGCUGGUCUCCAACUGGUACUCGUCACUGAGCUUCGACGACGACGCGACACCAGAGUGUGACACCAGUCAGCUGACGCGGAUGACAGUGGUGGCCCUCGCCUGUGGCUUCGGACACCACGGAUGCGUCGACAGGGCUCUCAAACAGGUCUACCUGCUCAUGUCCGAAGCUGAAACUCAGAUCCCGACAGACCUGGAGGACAUCCUGUUGUGUACGGCUGUGAAUGCCGGCCCAGAGGAGGUGUGGCAGUUCGUGAGGAAGCAGUACAUGUCGACCACCAGUCGCAAGAAGAGGGAGUCCUACCUGGAAGCCAUGGCCUGCUCUCAGGAUCCCAGCAAAAUCAUGCAGAUGCUUGAGGAUUCUCUGGACGUGAAAUCGGAGUUCUUCAAAAAUAACGAGGGAAAUACUCUGAUUGGAGCACUGGUUCGCAGAAAAACAAAUUCGGAGACCAUGCUGAACUUUUUCUAUAAGAAUGCGGAGGAAAUUUCUGCUCUAUAUGGUCCUGAAGAUUUACAGAACUAUUUCAUGUUUGCCACCCUGCAUAUGAAUCCAAUUCAGAUUGAUGAACUCCACUCGUUCAUGGAGGGCAAAAUGAAACAGCUGAACCUGACCGGCAUCAACAAAGUAUUCUCAAUCGAAAAGUACAUCUCAACUAUGAAACAAACCGAAGUGAACACUUGGUACGCCAGCUACUACCACGAUAUCUACAGGUGGCUGCUACAAGAAAACGAAACACUCGAGACCGAAUCGACAGUCGAUACUACCUUAUCGACACGACCUAUCGAUACUAGCACACAACACAUCGAUAGCACAACAAGUAUCGAUACUACAAAAGUAUCGACUCUCGAUUAUGUCACGGAAGACUAUGAGUCGACUACUGACAACGGUAUGAGCGGAGCUGGAGAGGGGGAGAUUGAUUAUGAUGAUGAUGAUAACGAAGAUGAUGAUGAUGAUGAUAGUGAGGAUGGUGGGGAAGAGAAAGAAGAAGAGAAACAUGAGGAAGAAUCGGAUAAAGAAAUAGACAGAGAUGAAGUUGGUAAAGAAGGAGAAUCGGCUUCUGCUAGUGGGUUGAGGAGUAUGUUGAGAACAGUAAUGUUGGUACCUAUUCUAUGUAUUCUGGUUUUUAGUUAGUUGUAGCCUGGUUGUUUUUGUUCAAUUUUUAAAAAUAUAUCAUUGAAUGUGUUAAAUGAUUUUCAUUGGUCAUUUGUUGUCCCCAGGGGCGCCAUUUAGGGGAGGCAGGGGGGCCUAGACCCCCCCUCCAAGGAUCAUAU